GAAGACUGAACUACCUAACGAUGUUGGGAUGAUGCACGAAACAGAACGACGCCUGGGAACCGCCAGAGCUUCGUGCAUGACGAAUUAGCACAAAUGGGGUCGGGAUCUUGGGGGAGGGAGGGCGCCUAUAGGGCUGUGAAUGCUGUCAAAUGUGGUGCCGGCAACAACAAGGUUUGGGGCGUUUCUUUCAACCAGCUGGACUAUGGGUACCGCAAUUGGGCCGCAGCGGUCGCAGGAAACCUGAUAAUCGUCCUCGACGUCCUUGAAGACACACAGAUCGCUGUCCUGGACAUCUACCGGGAUGAUGACAAAGACGAGGAGUUCUUCUGCGUCUGCUGGGCAAGCAAUGAGGAUGGGGAGCCUCUGGUGUGCGCUGCCGGCGCAAAUGGGGUUAUUCGUGUCGUCAACGUGUUGAGUGGGGAUGUCUACAAGACGUUGGUCGGGCAUGGGGGGUCGGUCAACGACCUGAGAGUACACCCCCGGAACCGCUUUUGGCUGCUCUCAGGUGCGAAGGACGAGUCGGUCCGCAUGUGGAACCUCAAGUCAGGCGUCAUGAUUGCCAUCUUCGGUGGAGACGAGGGCCACCGCGGCGACGUUCUCAGCGUGGACUUCCAUGUGAAGUUGCCGGAGCACGAUCCCCAGACCGGCGAGGAGCUGCCCGUAAGGCCUAUCAUCGUUUCCUGCGGAAUGGAUAAGACCGUGCGCAUUUGGCAGUUCCCAGAGCACCUUUUGCCCCGGGUACACGAGGCGCAGGACUGGCACCUGUCCCCCUCCAAGUUCAAAACGAUCAACGUCAAAUACACGGUCAGCAAGGAGCGCACGCUUCACACCGAGUUCGUAGACUGCGUCCGAUGGGUAGGGAACCUUGUGAUGAGCAAAGCGGGCAACGGCGACGAAGAAACCGCCCGCCAGGAGAGGUCCACGCUGCCACCCAACAAGAUUCUGCUGUGGGACCCGCUGGAGCUGGAGGAGGCGGACACCCUCGGCUCGCGGCCGCGAGAGGAUUCAGAGAGUAAGAACCCGUUCGACUCAGCAGAAAUCAAGCGCAAGACGAAUGUGAUCAGCGAGUACGAGAUCCCCCGCAGCCACCACUGGUUCAACAAGUUCUCCACCGACUUCUGCCAAAGGCUCGUUGCAUGCGGUAACGACUAUGGCGAAGUCUUUGUGUAUGACAUCCAUGCGUACCCGCCGUGCCGAGUUGCAAAGUGUUACAACCAAAGCCGGGAAGCGCAAUCGCAGUGCCGGCAAGUAGCGCUCUCUUAUGACGGAAGCACCAUCCUCUCGUGCCACGAUAACGGCCAGAUUUGGCGGUGGGACAAAAAUGAGAGGUAGCGUUGCGGAGAUUCAAGGAGCUCCCCGCUAUACGCGUCUAGAAGCUUCCCGAUCGAAGUAAGAUAAAGCAGUAUGUUCUUAGAUUGUUCUUCUGAGCACGCGAUCCCGCCAAAUCGUGCGGCAGAUUUGUCUAGGCCGGCUGAGUGAAAGCUCCUCAAGUAGUACUUGUUUAAAAAAAAUCGGACUUUACCUGAAGCGGAAUCAACGAUUCAUUUGACAUCUUAACCUUUCAAAGUGCCCUCAGCACGGUAUUUGCUCCAUGCCUUCGACAGCUCUUUAAGACGAUCUAGAACCGUCCAGGUCCUUGGAAUACUUUGCCGUCAUGCUUGCCUUGCCAGCACCUUUUACUACAUAGCAGAGGCCCAUCUAGCAAAC